CCGUUGGACCUGCUGCGGCGUGUGUUGCCAGGAGACGGCGGCGUGUUGGAGGGGGUCCGCAUGGUGCAGACUCGGGGGGCGCGAGGCGUACGCAUCACGGGAGGUCAAAGGUCAAUGAGUUUCCCAGCCUCCCAGCUCUUCAUCAACUGCCCCCUCUUCCCCUCCGAGUUCUCCAUCGUCAUCACACUCAACGUGCCACGCACCAGCCAGCAGAGGGACUCUGAGUAUGUCUUCACUCUGCUGGAUGAGGAGAAGGAUCGCGUGCUGCUGGGUUUGAGCGUUGCCCAUGGCGACGUGCACUUCCUGUUCUGGAGUGGGCGUGGUCGGCGGCGCGUGUCGUUCAGGGGCGUGGCUCUGGCGGACGGACGCUGGCACACACUCGUGCUGGCCGUGACGGGUCAAUUCACCACCCUCACCCUGGACUGUGGCAUGCCCCUCGAGCUGAUCCAUGACAGGCCAUUCCCCUCUGAUCUAGACACCAGAGGAUCACGCUUCUUCAUCGGAAGCCGCAGGAGAUAUAGAGGACUCUUCUCAGGCCUGCUGCGGCAGCUGGUCCUGAUGCCCGGCUCUGAUGCCACGCUGCGUGUGUGCCCGUCCCCAGUGCCCAGCCUGCCAGUGCUGUCCGUGCCCCCCUCCCUGCUGCAGCUCCCCGCCCAGGAGUCCAGCGCCAACCAGCUGCCCCUCUACCCGUACGAGGCUGAGGUGCGCGUGACAGAGGGCUUGGUGCCCCCUUGUGGUGAUUUAGAGCAGGGCCAGCUGUGGGUCAACACUGUGAAGAGGGGCCUCUAUCUGUGUGAUGGACUCAUGUGGCUCCCAAUGAUCCAAGAGCAUGCACGGCUGGACUACGUGGAGGAUUACCAGUACCUACACACGCGCUCCAACACCUCCGACACCGAGGUCUUCCUCAUCCCGUCCGCGGGACUCUUCCUGGCUGCCGCCAGAUGGGAUUCCCGGUUGGGAUCGGCCAUCUAUAAGUGGGAAGAGGGGAAAUUCCGGCUCUACCAGAACAUCAGCACGUAUGGGGCUCAAUCCUGGAAGUACUUCACCAUCGGGAAAAGGAGUUUCCUGGUGGUGGCUAACUCAGGCAGUGGAGGAGGAGGAGGAGGAGGAGGAGGAGGAGGAGGAGGUGCAGAGGAGUACUCCGUCAUCUAUAAGUGGAGCUCACACAAGCACAAGUUCCUCCGCUACCAGAGCCUGCAGACACACACUGCUCAGGACUGGGAGGCCUUCAGCAUCCAUGGAGAGGCCUACCUCGCCGUGGCCAAUCACAGAAGAGGUAACAACCACAACAUAGAGAGCGUCAUCUACAAGUGGAACCCAGGAACCAUGCUCUUCGAGGUGAACCAGACCCUUUUGACGUCCGGCGCGUACGACUGGGAGUUCUUCAGCGUGGGGCCCUACCACUUCCUGGCCGUGGCCAACACGUUUGACGGCGCCACCACCUGCAUCAACUCCACCAUCUACGUGAUGGUGGCCGGCCAGUUCCAGCACUUUCAGCACAUCACCACGUUCGGGGCAACGGAUUGGGAGAUGUUUGAGAUCGAUGGGCGGGUCUUCCUGGCGGUGGCCAAUGGGCAGCUGCUCACGCGUGGGUGGAGCCAGUACUCCAUCAACUCCACCAUCUACGAGCUCAACGUGGAGCUGCAGAGAUUCAUCAGGUUCCAGGACAUACUCACACACUCGGCGGUGGACUGGGAGUUCUUCACUGUUGGGACGCAGAGCUUCCUAGUGGUGGCCAACUCCUUCAACGGCACCUCCUACUCACUCAAUAGUGCCAUCUACAGAUGGCAGGGCUCAGAGGGGUUUGUGUGUGUUCAUGAGCUGCUGACGGUGGGCUGUAGGGACUGGGAGUUCCUCCACACCCGCGAGGGCUCCUUCCUCGUCUAUGCCAGCGCCACCUCAACACUCUCCAAAGUCUUCAGACUCAAGACCUACUAA